AUAUAAACAAAGCCUUGACCACAACUAAAAACGCAGCCUCCAGGAUGGAACCCACAGUUAACAUCUUGCUGUUUGUUUCCCUGUAGUCAGUUAGUCAGUCAGUCAGACAUCAGACAGACAGACACAGAAUGCUCCAUUGUUCCAUGAUCAUCUUCAUCAAACCCAUCAUCAUCACCAAGAGAUUGUGAUUGAUAUUAUGUCAGGCACACAGACUUCUCUGGUUGCCCUGCUGUGGCUGUGGGGAGCGUGGCUGUCCCCUGUCCUGUCCUCGUGCACCACGGGCCGGCCAGCGGAGUGCAAGGCUGCGCUGUCAGCUCCCGGUACCAACCUGGCGGGCGAGGGUUUCGACGUUGUCACCAUGGAACGUAAGCAGGCCUAUGUCAUCGACGUGGACACCUGGAGGAAGACCGGUAACGGGACCUGUACCCUCUGUGUUAACCCUUUCAUGGAUAGACAGGCUCAGAGGCUGCCUGCGGCUGUGGUGGACUGGCGUCCCUCGCAGAAGUGCAACAUGAAGUUAGCCAGCAUGGUGUACGACUCCAGCGAGGCGUUUGUGAGCAGCAGCCAGACAGAGGUAGAUGUCAGUUGGAAGAUUGGUCUGGACAUUAUGACCCCCCAGGCUAAGGGGUCGGUCAUGGUGGGGGGCACCCACUCCAGAGCUGCCAAAACGGUGAUGAGCCAGUCGAAGAAGGACAAGUACAGCUUCAUCAAACAGGAUAUACACUGCUCUUAUUACAGUUACCGCCUGCUAGAUGACCCUCCCCUGCACCCUGAGUUCUCUCGCUCCCUGGGCCUCCUGCCCCCCCUCUACACUGACAAGACCAAGGUUGACUACAGACGUUUUCUUGACAACUUUGGCACCCACUUCAUCAAGAAGGUUCUCCUGGGGGGGCGGGUGAAGAGUGUGACCUCCCUGCGAGUGUGCCAGGCGGCCCUGAGUGGCUACAACGAGAACGAGGUCAAGGACUGUCUUGAGGCUGAGGCCUCCGUCGCCACCAGUACCGGAUCAGCCGAAUUCAAGACAGAGACCAAGUUCUGCAAGAAGGACCUUAAGAAACGUGACACCAAGGACCGCUUCAGCAGCACCUUCCAAGAGAGGUUUACCGAGGUGGUGGGGGGAGAGACGGACGGGACGCCCGACCUGCUCUUCUCCCAAACGGGUGGAAACUCCAAGGCCUUCGCUGAUUGGGCGAGCAGCCUGAAGACUAUCCCUGACGUCAUCAACUACUCCCUCCACCCCCUCCACCUAUUGGUGAAGCAGGGUAGUAAGAGGGCUGGGCUGAAGAAGGCUGUGGAGGACUACAUCCUGGGACACGCUCUGGUCAAGCGCUGCUCUGGGAAGUGCAAGGGAGGCUCCAGCUCCAGUGCCCACGACUCCUGCCAGUGUGUGUGCAAGGCCAGCAAGGAGAUGACCAGCCAGUGCUGCCCGCAGGAGAAGGGCCUGGCCCACCUUACCGUCACCGUGAAGUACGCCAGGGACCUCUGGGGGGACACCACCUCUGAGACCGACGGCUUAGUCAAGGUCAUCAUGGACAACGAAGCCAGGCAGACCAAGGUGAUCCACAACAAGAACAACCCUGUCUGGAACUCAUUCUAUGACUUCGGAUUCGUCAAGCUCUCCCUGGCCAGCGAGCUGAAGUUUGAAGUGUACGAUGAAGACAAAAACUGGUACAAGUGGUGGAACGACCUUCUGGGGAAUUGCAGUACCCGGCCCAUCGUACCGGGGUCUGACAAGCAACUGUGUGCCUUGAAUCAUGGCAACAUGUACUACUCCUACACGGUUGACUGUGCCCCAGGACUUGGGGGUUCCACCUGUGGGGAGUAUGUCCCCUCUGGGAUGAACUCUGACCUCUCUGACCUCUACACCUCCCGCAACGCCCUCAACAUGACCCAGGAUCUGCUGGCUCACAUCCGGAUGGGCCGUCCCCUAGGAGACCCCCUGGCUUUCAUGGUUAAGCAGAAGGCUAAUGGUCACGAAAAAACCACAUGAAUCUCACAUCGCAUGUGAGGGAUAAUGGUUACCCUUGUAUCCUUGCUCUCAGUGAGCUGUGAUCAAAACCGCUAUGCUAUGCAUUAUAAACCUUAUGCUGGCCUAUCUAACUUUAAGCCAUACCAUUUCUAACCUAUUGUUCUGAACCAUAAAUCAUUUUACUUUGGUAAAAGAAAUUGAAAAUCAUCAACAAAAACAUCCAAAGUACUGUAUAUCCUAUGUAUUUCUGAAGGUAAUGGUUUAUACACAUGUUUAUAUGUUUAUUUGACAGGGGCCAUGUACAAUUACAACAUGAAAUGUAAUGCAUUAAACUUGACUUUUAUGUUUUCAUUCUCUCAUGACUGUGCCAUGUUGUUUGUGCUACCACUGCAAUAAAAAGCUACUUGAUUUGAAAUAUUCA